GGCGGCAAACCAUUCACUGGUAUUGUUGUGAUCUGUCUCUUGUGUCUGAUCCCCACGAAUAGUUUCAUGUAAUUCUCGGGUGUUUAUAUCUUUGUGCUUAAGGUUUUUCGUAAUAAAGAAUGCAAAUCGUCAUACAAUCAACAGGCAACAUCACUGAGUAUUCUAUGAUAGAAUUCCAAGGUGAUCUAGAAACUAAAUCAGAUGAGGCCUUGGGAGGUAAAAUUAUCGGUGAUUUGCACUUUAAUCAUGAGGGAAAUCCUAUUAUGAUUAUUGGACACCAUAUCCUCCAUGGAAAAGUUCAAGAUCUUGAUAAACCCCUGGUAGUUAUCACGAAAGAAAAUGAUGGUAUUCCCGAAAACGAUGUCAAAUACGGUGUUACAGCAGUCAUCAAAAGAAAGCUUAUAUUUAAGACUAGACCCAAACCGAUUGUUGGCGAAACUACAAAGAAAUUGUGAUAA